GCGCGCGGAGGCGACCGACCCGACCCCGGUCUAGUAAUCGAGGGGAGGAGGAGACCGAGGCCUAGGGUUGUACGGUGCUCGGUACUCCUGGCUCCUGCGGCGCAAGUCCGGCGAGCGGCUUCGGCGAUCGAUCGAUGGGGUACUGGUGGGACCGCGUCGUGCUGCCGGUGCGGCGGGUCUGGCUCGGCGUCGCGUCCCGCUUCGGGGUUCGCCAGACAGGGCUGUGGAGGCUGCGGCAGGAGGUGAGCACGUGCGAGUACGAGGACGUGCACGUGAUGUGGGAGAUGCUGAGCCGCACCACGGCGCCCGCGCCGGCGCCCAGGCGGCACAGCCGGUUCCGGCAGCAGCCGCGGCCGUGGGGCGACAGGUUCCGCCUCUGCCGGGGCUUCUAGAUCAAGGCCGGCGGCCGGCGCCGCCGCUUCAGCUCCUCCGCUGCUGGUGCCGCGGGAUAGCUCUUCCGGUCGCUCUCUUUGACUUUUCUUCUUCCCUGGUUUUCGGUGCUUGUAUCUAUCUAUCUAUCGACCUCGCUCGAUGGGCUCUGAGAUGUACUUCCAUUCCUCCUCGUGUGUCGAUCGGCCACGCGCUGCAGAUGAUGCCCGGGGCAUGUGAAUGAACAGAGCUGUUUGGGAUUUGUGGCUUUGUGCUCGUGUUUCUACCGCCUAGUUCUCC